GGAAGCUUUGCGUAGAGAUGUAAGAUGGCAGAGCUGCAAAUGUUGUUAGAGGAGGAAAUUCCAGCCGGAAAAAGAGCUCUUGUAGAAAGUUAUCAGAACCUCACCAGGGUUGCAGACUACUGUGAAAAUAAUUAUGUUCAGGCCCAGGACAAGAGGAAAGCCUUGGAGGAGACCAAAGCUUACACCACCCAGUCUUUGGCCAGCGUGGCCUACCAGAUCAAUGCCUUAGCCAACAAUGUACUGCAGCUGCUGGACAUACAGGCUUCGCAGCUGCGCAGGAUGGAGUCCUCCAUCAACCACAUAUCCCAGACCGUGGAUAUCCAUAAGGAGAAGGUUGCUCGGCGAGAGAUUGGCAUUUUGACCACGAACAAGAACACGUCAAGGACCCACAAGAUCAUUGCCCCCGCCAACAUGGAGCGCCCGGUGCGAUACAUCAGGAAACCCAUCGAUUACACGGUGCUGGAUGAUGUUGGCCAUGGAGUCAAGUGGCUAAAAGCCAAGCAACAUGGGAACAAUCAACCAAUCAGAGGAGGAACACUAUCAAGGACCAAUCCGCCGACGCAGAAACCGCCCAGCCCUCCUAUGGCAGGCCGUGGCACUCUUGGACGCAACACUCCAUACAAAACCCUUGAGCCUGUUAAACCUCCCACGGUGCCCAACGACUACAUGACCAGCCCUGCUCGACUGGGCAGUCAACAUAGUCCUGGUCGUACUGCCUCUCUUAACCAGAGACCGAGGACGCACAGUGGCAGCAGUGGGGGUAGUGGCAGUCGAGAGAACAGUGGCAGCAGCAGUAUUGGCAUUCCCAUUGCCGUGCCUACACCCUCAAUCCCCAAUUCUGGCCCAGUCCCGCCCAUGUCCGCUCCUCCCCCGGGAGCUCCACCACCUCCCCCACCCCCUCCUCCUCCUCCUCCUCCACCCCCGCUCCCGGGACAGGGCCCUCCUAUGCCUGCGACAACUAUAGCGGCAGUAGCUCCAGGGCCUGGACUUGGGCCGAUCCCCAUGUCCCAGUUUGGCACAAUAUCUCGGCAGAUCUCCCGGCACAACUCUACCACUUCCUCUGUCUCUACGGUUUCGGCCACGGGCACGUAUCGCAGGGCGCCCUCCGUCACAUCCCAGUUCUCUCUGCAGCAGCCUCACAUUAAUGGAGGCACACCCGCAUUCUCCCAAAACUCAAUGUCUAUCGCUCCCCCUCCUCCCCCUAUGCCUCAGCUCACCCCACAGAUCCCACUCAUGGGCUUUGUGGCCAGGGUUCAGGAGAACAUUGCAGACACCCCAACUCCCCCACCUCCACCACCCCCCGAUGACAUGCCCAUGUUUGAUGACUCUCCACCUCCACCACCUCCUCCGCCGGUGGACUACGAGGAUGAGGAGGCAGCCGUAGUCCACUACAACGACCCAUAUGCAGACGGGGACCCCGAGUGGGCCCCCAAAUCUUACAUUGAAAAAGUGGUGGCUAUCUACGACUAUACAAAAGACAAAGACGAUGAGCUGACCUUUAUGGAGGGAGCGAUCAUCUACAUCAUAAAGAAGAAUGACGAUGGCUGGUUUGAGGGAGUGUGCAAUGGGGUUACAGGAUUGUUCCCUGGCAACUACGUGGAGUCUAUCAUGCACUAUGCUGACUGAAGGGACCUUGUUUAUAUUCAGUCACAUCUCAACAAAUCAUACAAAACAAAACAAAAAAAAAAUCUGAAUUUGACCCUACACAGUAUAGAUAAGCGCAUAAGGAUAUGACAGAAUCUUUCCUACAAAUCACAAAUUAAUAGAAAAAAAAGGAUUUAUUUACUUUAUUUUGUUGUAAAGGGUGACUGGGGUGAAGAUGAGGACUAAUUCAUUAAUUAUAAGGCUGAAAAUGUGCUCACUGGUUAGUGGGUCUGGUGACGGACCCAUCUGAGGACUUUACUGUACAUAGUGUGAGCAGUAAGCCUGUUGGGUGUCUGUAGUGUUAAUGCAAUGAAUGUUGAUCACAGUAUCUUGAGCAGUCAGGACCACAUAUGAACAGGUAAAUGAUUGUCUUCUCAUAAAUCACAGGCCCAUCUCAAGUUCUAAUACUCUCAUCCUCUUCAAGACUCUCCACACACACACACACACACACACACACUGCAAGGCUGAUGCAUUCCGAAUGCUGAAUGGAAAUUUAAUGUUGCUCAUCUUAAAAAAAAACAAAAAAAAAAACAACAGAUUAUUUUUGUUAAACACCAGGACAUCCUGAAAUGUACCUAAAUCUUGACGUAAAGCAUGCACACAAAAUUUAAGAAGAUAUGUAAUGUAACCUCUAUGUUUAAUUCAAAUUUGCUUCCAUUAUGUUAUAAUAUUUACAGUGAGCGCUCUGUUUUUUGGGUUUUUUUUAAAUCAUGGACUCAAAAUCAUUUGUGACGGUCUUAUUUUCUUGAUGGUGUAAUUUGUAUUUAAACAUUUUGAUAUAAUUUUUAACAUACAGUCAGGUUAGUUUAUGUAAAGUUGAGGUAAUUCUUUAAUACAUUUCCACAAACGCUGGACUGCAGUUCACCAACCAUUUUUUUUUUUCCAAUUAGUCUUUUUUUGUUCCUUUGGUCACAAGCCACAAUGAUCAAUAUGUUUUUACAAAUCUAAACAGAAAGUAUUUGUAGAUAGCUUUAAUCUCUAGGCAGUAAAAUAUGUAGUGGUAAAUCUCUAUCAAAAAUGGUUAUUCCAAAUUGUUGUUCAUGCAGUGCUGGACUCAUUUAUACUUCUGCUUCAUCGUCAACCAACUGCCACAUUAUAAUUAUGGAGACCAAUAUAACAACUCAUAUACCUCCUUGAAUAGAACAAUGAACUACAUUAUGAUAUUGUUUGUCAUUAAUUUGACCUGGAAUGGUCUGGUUUUGUAACUCAGGUCUAGGUCAGGUUACCUUCUCUAAUCAA